CGACAUCAUACAACUCAAAAACAUUCAAAUGUACAAGCAAUCAAAACAUCAUUGAAUCAAUUCAUAUAGUAUAUCAAAAACAAAGCAGGAAAAAAAAGUGAUUAAUUUUAUAAGAAAUUUAAUCAAAAUGAGUUCAAGCAGGAGAGCGUUGAUAGUAGCAGCUAGUGUUGGAGCAUUGGAAGCCUUAAAAGAUCAAGUUGGAUUGUGUAGAUGGGAUUAUCCAUUGAAGUGUUUGGCACAACACACAAAGAAUAACAUGAGAUCUUACUCUCAAGCUAGGAAACUUUCUUCAUCUCUGAUUGCAAAGAGUGAAAAGACAGAGCAAUCUGAAGAAUCUCUGAGAAAAGUUAUGUAUUUGAGCUGUUGGGGUCCAAAUUGAAGAUUUUAAUAGUGAUGAUAGGAGACAGUAUAAAAUGUAAAAUUAGGCUAUGAUUGUAAAUAGGGCAUACUGUAUUAGUUAAGGGCAUGCCAUUUCAAAGAUAAGCAUGUAUCUUGAAAUCUUCCAACAAUUGUAUGUGAAAAAACUCUAUGAAUAGAGUUGAUCUUUCGGUGAA